AUGAAAGCCUGGCAAUACGACGGCGUCCCCGUGGAGAAGAACCUCAGGAUUAACGAUGCCGCGACCCAGCCCACCAUCACCGAUCUCGAAGUCCUCGUCGAGGUUCACGCCAUGGCCCUCAAUCCAGUCGAUUACAAGGUCACUGAAAGUGCGCCUUUGACAGCCUUUGGGCUGAAGUGCAUACCUGGCGCAGACUUCUGCGGCAAAGUCGCUAAAACUGGAAUCAAGGUUGACUCCUUCCAAAUUGGGGAGUGGGUGUUCGGCGCAAAGGUCGGCGCUAUCUCGAACGGAACCCUGGGGCAGUAUGUCAGUGUCUCGCAAGACAUGUUGACGAGUCUGCCGAAUGGUGUUGAGAUUGAGGAUGCGGCGAGUGUGGGGAUUGUGGGGCUCACCGAGUACCAGGCCAUCAAGCCGAAUGUCAAGGCUGGCGAUAAGGUCUUCAUCAACGGAGGCUCAGGUGGUACCGGUGUCUACGGUAUUCAGAUCGCGAAAGCUCUAGGAUGUCAUGUCACAACGACAUGCUCGACAGGGAACAUCGAGCUUUGCGAGGGCCUCGGCGCGGACGAGGUCAUCGACUACAAGACCACCGACAUCGUUGAGGCUCUCGCCGCUAAGGGGCCCGUAUUCCAGCUCGCUGUAGACAACGUGGGCUCGCCAGCGAACUUGUACAAGCAAUCCGCCUCCUUCCUGCUUCCAAAGGGCAAAUUUGUUCAGAUUGGUGCAAACCCCAGCCUUGGUGGCUUUGCGCAGAUCACCAGCAACUUGCUUGUUCCUGGUUUCCUAGGCGGUGGAAAGAGGUCUUAUCAAAUGCUUAUGACCAAGGCGGUACCCGGGGAUUUGAAGCAGCUGGGUGCAAUGAUGAAGGAGGGUAAGAUCAAGGCUGUGUUGGACGGGGUCUUCGACUGGGAGAACGCGCCGCAGGCUUUUGAGAAGCUGAAGACUGGACGAUCGAAGGGCAAGCUUGUGAUCCGAGUGAAGCAGGACUCUGGGAAAGGUAAUGCAUCUUAG